GGAUAAAGUCAAAGUCCUGGAAUCCAGCGGUCCAACGCACGGGAACACGAACUUGUCCUUCGUAACGAAACCUUUCGAAGAGGCGGUUAAUCGUACGGUUGAGGGAGUCAUCGAGGGAACUGGCAAAAAAGUCCAUAGUGCAGAGGGAGAAUUGACAUACGAUAUCAAUAAGUCCGAGCAGGAAACAAGUUCGGGAAGCAGGACUGUGAAGGUUCAUAAGAAAGGGAGAAAGAAGAUCGAGGAUAGUUACGAUACGAGCGAUCUAUAGCCCCUCCAUCGCUACCACUCCCGACUCCCACAUCUUCAUAAGAUGGCGGCCAACGGUUCGACAAGAAAGCCCUUCCGCAUCGCCAUCGGCUGCGACGACGCUGGCGUGUCUUACAAGAAAGCUAUCAUGAAGGACUUGGAGGCAGACCCGAGAGUGGAAUUCGUAAGCGACGUCGGCGUCCCCGAAACCCACGAUAAAACCGCAUACCCGCACAUCGCCGUCGACGCAGCGAAACUCGUCACAGAGGGCAAAUGCGACCGCGCACUGCUUAUCUGCGGUACGGGCAUGGGCGUUGCGAUAUCCGCAAACAAGGUUCCCGGGAUACGGGCUGUGACGGCGCAUGAUAGUUUCAGCGUGGAGAGGGCGAUUAUGAGCAAUGAUGCGCAGGUGCUGUGUAUGGGGGAGAGGGUCAUUGGGCUGGAGCUUGCGAGACGGCUGGCGAAAGAGUGGCUAGGGUAUCGGUUUGAUACUACGAGUGCGAGCGCAGAGAAGGUCAAGGCGAUUAUGGAGCAUGAGCAUAAGAAUUAUAAGGAACUGCAUUCGGAGGCGAAGGAGAGUGCUUGCUAAAGGGGGUAUGGUUGAAUGGUGGUCGGGUGGCGAGUGCGGGCUUUUGGAUAUAAAAUAGUAUGAUGAAGGCAUUGCACUACACUUCUUCGUAUAUCCACAGGUGUUGAUGGGUCAUCUAGCUUGGGUGUGGUAUUGGCAUUGUGUGUGCACUCAUGCCCAGGAGCAGGACUAUUGCCUCAAUGAAUGCAGAUGGCGUAGGAUCUUCCAUCACAUUAGAUCACUCCUCUUCUUACUGUCCCACUCCACAUGGGAGAUCUAGCAGCAUAGUAAUUUCCUAACCGAGUA